AGUAGGCUCCGGUCUCUUUUGCUCGCUGUGACAGCAAAGCGUCACACUGGAAACCACAAGCUGGGACUUACCAAGUGGCCUCUGAUCUUUCUCUCUCUUUUUUGCCACCUUUCCUCUAUUUUUGUCUUCUCAUUUUUCCAAGGAAGAGGCAUUUUCACUGACAGCUUCUUGGACAGCUCUGGGACACGAUUUUUCUGAGGAGGCAAGCUCUUGGCUGUAAUAUUUCAUUGCAGUCAUGGCCCCUAAGAAGAAGAAUGUGAAGAAGAACAAAACAGAUAUCAAUGAAAUGACUAUCAUUGUGGAAGAUGGCCCCCUCAGUAAACUAAAUGGCUUGAAUGGGCUCUUGGAUGGAGGUAAUGGUUUCAGCUGCAUCUCAUCUGAAGUUUCCGACUCAUCAUAUAGCCCAAAUCUCUUGGAAGGUCUAAGCAGAAUGAGACAAGAAAAUUUUCUUUGUGACUUGACUAUCAGUACCAAAACCAAAUCCUUCAGUGUUCAUAAGGUGGUGAUGGCUUCAAGCAGUGACUACUUUCACAACAUUUUAAAGAAAGAUCCAUCCACUCAAAGAGUAGACCUCAAUGACGUAUCCCCAUUGGGUCUAGCUACUGUUAUCACCUAUGCUUACACUGGAAAACUUACUCUCUCACUUUAUACAAUAGGUAGUAUUAUUUCCACAGCAAUUUAUCUACAGAUUCACACCCUUGUAAAGAUAUGCUGUGAUUUUCUAAUCCAAGAAAUCAGUGUUGAGAAUUGUAUGUACGUUGCCAAUAUUGCAGAAACAUACGGACUAAAAACAACCAAGGAAGCAGCACACAAAUUUAUUAGAGACAACUUCAUUGAAUUUUCAGAAACGGAUCAGUUCUUAAAACUUACUUUUGAUCAGAUUAAUGAACUUCUUGCAGAUGACGACUUGCAGUUGCCUUCUGAAAUUGUUGCAUUCCAGAUUGCAAUAAAAUGGCUGGAAUUUGACCAAAAAAGAGUAAAGUUUGCUGCCGAUCUCUUAGGUAACAUCCGUUUUGGUACCAUCUCAGCCCAAGACCUUGUCAAUUAUGUUCAAACUGUGCCGAGAAUGAUGCAAGAUGCAGACUGCCAUAAGCUCCUAGUGGAUGCCAUGAACUAUCAUUUGCUUCCCUACCACCAGAAUACACUGCAGUCCAGAAGAACGAGGAUCCGUGGAGGUUUCAGAGUCUUAGUUACUGUUGGGGGACGCCCUGCUCUAACAGAAAAGUCUCUUAGCAGAGACAUCUUAUACAGAGAUCCUGAAAAUGGAUGGAAGAAGCUGAGUGAAAUGCCUGCUAAAAGUUUUAAUCAGUGUGUGACGGUGAUGGAUGGAUUUCUUUAUGUGGCCGGUGGGGAAGACCAGAAUGAUGCCAGGAACCAAGCCAAGCAUGCAGUCAGCAAUUUCUCCAGGUACGAUCCUCGUUUCAACACCUGGAUUCACCUGGCAAACAUGAAUCAGCGGCGCACCCACUUUAGCCUGAAUGUGUUCAAUGGCCUCCUUUUUGCAGUGGGUGGUCGCAACUCUGAGGGGUGCCUCUCCUCGGUUGAAUGCUAUGUGCCUGCAACAAAUCAGUGGCAGAUGAAGGCACCCCUGGAGGUGCCCAGGUGCUGCCACGCCAGUGCAGUGGUGGAUGGUCGGAUCCUGGUUACAGGAGGUUACAUUAAUAACGCUUACUCUCGCUCGGUGUGCAUGUACGACCCCAGCAAAGAUAGCUGGCAGGAUAAGUCCAGCCUCAGCACCCCAAGGGGGUGGCACUGCGCAGUGUCCCUUCUGGAGAGGGUCUAUGUCAUGGGUGGGUCUCAGCUGGGGGGGCGAGCUGAAAGGGUCGACGUUCUCCCCGUGGAGUGUUACAGUCCUUACACGGGGCAAUGGAGUUACGUGGCGCCGCUUCAAACUGGAGUUAGUACGGCUGGCGCCUCCACCCUUAACGGGAAAAUUUACUUAGUGGGUGGCUGGAAUGAAAUAGAGAAAAAGUAUAAGAAGUGCAUUCAGUGCUAUAACCCGGAUCUCAAUGAAUGGACGGAGGAAGAUGAGCUGCCUGAGGCCACUGUGGGCGUAUCCUGUUGUACGAUAUCCAUGCCCAACACCAAGACAAGGGAGUCCAGGGCCAGCUCAGUCUCUUCUGUCCCAGUCAGUAUUUAAAUAUGGGUCUAACCAGCAACAAGUAAAAAUGUUUACCAGCACAGCAAUGUAAUUAACCCUUUAAGUAGCAUUUUUGUGCUUAUAUGGAAAAAAAUCAUUGGCUUUGCAACAGUUUUAACAGUGCAAAUUGGCCAGUUUUCAUGAUCUUUAAUACAGGUGGCGUGAAACAGCAUAUUAGGGUUAAGAUGAAUUUUCUUAGCAGGAAGAGAGAGUUAACUCAUAACUGCAGAAUUUCAUUCUCUUCCUGACUUUGCCACUGACUUACUGGACUAUCUGUGGCAAAUCAUUUCCUUUCUUUGUGCCUUGGUUUCCUUACCUGUAAAAUAGAGAUAAACUUGCUUCAGAAGUUUGUUGUGAGGCUUUUUUAAUACUGAGUUUUAAAUGCUUUCAGAACCCAAAAAUGAAAGUCAAAUAUUGCUAAUAAUAAAUCUCAACAUACAUCAGAAAUGUGCUAUGUCAUCAUAAAAUUGAUCAGUUUUGUUCUUUCCUAAGCAUUUUCUAUUUUGACAAACAGAAGGGAAAAAAACAAAACCCCAAAAAUAUAGCAUAUAGCAUGUGCAUACUUUCCUUUUGGGGCAGUGGUAUUCAUAGAAAAUUUCUCAAAAUAUUUUCUCCUUCAGAAGUUCUAAAGAGAUCCCUGUCUUCUGCCAUGAAACCUUUAAUUCUCAUAUCUAAUGCUGUGACAUCGCUUUCAAGACCUGAAUCCACAAAAUACCUUAGCCUCUGUAAGCAUUAUGGGCCAGCCCCAAGGGCUGCCUUGGGUGCCAGGUUUCUCUCCCGACCUCCAUGUGUACACCAAGGAGCCGGCCACCACCCCUCUUCACGCCAGGGAGACUCCCCUGUCACUCCAGGUGGAAGGCAUGAAGGCCAGUCAGUAUGUCUCCUCCUGUUCCUACUCUUCCCAUCUGUGUAGGAAUGUACGUCCAGGUUACCUACUUGUUCAAGAAGGUCCUCACCCAUGCAAGGAGCUAGGAGCUGCCACAGCAGGGCCAAAAUCUGGAAGCUGAGUUCAUGCCAGGAGGCACCAAGGGCUAAUGGUGUCUAAGAGUGGAGAUGCACUCCUACUCAGCAUUAUUCUGACAAAUUCCCAGUUGAGUGAGGAACGAAGAUGGAAUAAAGACUGCAGGAUCUGCCUUUAAGAGUAGGGUAUAUGCAUGGAAAACGGUGAAUCAUGGGAAAACUGGAUGAAAUCGAAGAGACUUCCCUUAAUAGUACCAAAGAGAUACCUUAACAUCUUUCUUACAGGUGUAGGCACAACAUCACCCAAAGUAACCUUUUCCUGGGCAUACCAUUAUGUAUCUCUUUCUGAAGCCUUCAUUACAGCCCUAUUUAUGGAGCUUUUAUUCAGGUUUUUCCAAAGGCUAGACUAAUGUGUAGCACAGCAACAACUGUGCCUGUUGAAGUCUGUGAAGUUUUCCCAGUGAGCAGAGUGAAGUUUUUGUUCAACUUAGAUUACCUUCCAAGAACUUUUCUUCCUAAUUUCAGCAUGCAGUGGGAGAAUUAAGUAUGAAACCUAAUCCUAUUCCCUUAGCCAAAGGGAUAUGCAACCCAUAAUGUCCCCUGCGAAUUUGAUACCAAAGGACUGCUGUCAGCACAAAAUGUCUACACCCUUCUGUUGGAGAAGGAAAGAAGCAAUACAAGGAACUAAAAUUAUUUAAUAUAACCAAAAGGGUAGAAGUUCACUCACCUUAACCAAUUCAUAGAGGCUUCACAUGCAGUUUCCUCAGAUGAUCAUUGACACCUCCAGGCUCUGGUGCCAAUGAGAAGGCAUGCUCUUAGCAAUGUUUACAAGGCAUCCAGAUUUUUAUCUCAUUUGCAAAAGGGGAACGCUAUAAAAUUGUCUGUAAGUGCAGAUAUUGUUGAGGCAAGCAUUUUCAGGGCUUAUGCUCUGCUCUUCGUAGCUUUGUUGCAGCUACAUAUUAAGCAUCAGCAUGAGCGUGACACAGUAUUAGAGAUGAAGUAAUUCACUCUGUCAGUUGGGAUUAAACUCCAUGGUACUCAGUCCUGUUUUCCAAUUCUAACUUAGAGUUCAUGUCUGCAUCCUGACUACACAAUUUUAAAUCCCAAAUUCUAUUUUUGAGUGCUGCAUGUUAUUAGAAUAUACUGUGUUGCAAUGACUGUUGGUCGAAGUAGUGCUGUCAUAUAGGUUUGAUUAAUUUAAUUAGCAUAGAGUUAUCUUUUUUCCUGUUUAAUUCAAAUGAAUAAUAAUUCAAAUCCACGGUCACAGAACAAAACAUGGAAUUGUGUAACAGAGUAAGAUUACUUUGUUUUAAAUACGAAAAUGCUGUUCUUGCCCAUUCCAGUCACCAAAAGCAUUCUUGUGGAUGAGAGCAAAAUUUCUCUUUUCCCAAAGUCAUGACCAUGUGUUCCAUAUGAAAGUAUUUAAAAAGCUCUUUGAAAAAUCCAUCUGCUCCAAUAACUUUUUCUGUAAAAUUUUAAUACUAUUAGAUGAAAUUGAUUAUCCACCACCAGUCCAAUGAAGGUACACAUGCAGGUAUCCAAUUAUAGCUGUAUACAUACUCCAGUUAUUUAGUGUUUCUAAGGUACCCAUAAGAUGGUAUUUAGGAAUUGAAGAAGCAAUCAUUUUAGCCUCAGACAGACAUUGGAUGAAAUUCUGUCAUAUGCAAGUGUCUCUUUUCCCCUUUGGGAACUGAGUUCCAAAAUGCGAUGAGUAGUCAGAUGUUGCUGCACGCUUUCCUCUUUGUGAGCCAACACGUCUUAUACAUCAACAACCAUCUUCUGUUUUCAAGUAGAAAGUUAUUUGUGAAUGAUGGGCUAAGUGCAAUGAAACUACUCUCUUACUACUUAAAGGGUUAAAAACUUUGGGGGCCAAAUCCUUUUCAUCUUACUCGCAAAAAAGUUCCAUUGACUGCACUGGGACUACUGAAUAAGAUGUACAGGAUUUCGAACUCUUGGCCAAUUGUGGCAGAACAGUAGAUAUAGAUGCCUGCCAAAACUGUCAAACCCAGACGGAAGACUGCUCCUCAGCCUCCACUGCCCUUGGCCACGACAAGUCCAUAAAGACGUGUCCUAGGACAGGAUCCAAGCACUAUUGGCCAUGUGGUCCUUCCGUAACACAAAUUAGGUACGUACUUCAGGCCAAAAAUUUUAGGUAGAUUAACAAAUGGUACUGUUAUCAGUAUAGCACUUCAGUGGGGCUUUAUAUUAUUUUCUCUAAACAUCUGUUUAGGCUUCAACUGCGCAUUGAGCCAGGAUUUGGCCCUUAAUAUGUGACAAUAUCAGCUGGACUUAACAUUAUUUUGAUCAUACUAAUGUACUGAGCUAUUUGUGACAUUUUUAUGUACGAUCUUGUUUUGUUAGAACUGUGAAAAAUGGUUUGUAUGUUGUGUUUUAUGGGACGGUGUUCUUUCAUUGUCCGGUACCGUAUUUUCAAUCUCCAGAUGUUUAAUAACAACAUCUCAGCUGAACUUGAAAUAUUGUAUAUCCCAAAAAGAAAUUUUAAAAUGCAGUUUAGGAAGUACUAUAUAUGGUAAUAUUAAGUAGAGCAGAGGGCUUCCAACUGUAUGAGAUGCAGAUUUUUAGAACACUACAAGGAUCUUCUUUAAUGCUAUACUAAUAGUAAAAAAAAAAAAUUAAUAUAUGCUGUUAUCUUCAAAAUUCCUUAUGCCCAUGCAUUUUAUAAUCAACAUCUGUGCUUCCAAGGAAUUCAAAUCUGAAAAUAAGCUUUCUUCAGUCUGUGAGUGAAACAGUUUGAUAAUGUUUUGUUUUCUUGUCUAUUCAUGCUUGUGUAGGUGCAUGGGAGAGUGUGUUACAAGGUUGUGAGGUAGAACUUACUGUUGGAAAGUUAUGCUGAAAGGAAGAUUUUGUGCUUAGUUCUUAAUCAAGAUGAGAUCAUGAUCAAUUAAUUUCUUCCUGAAGUUAACCCGCAAGAUCAUCUGUGGAUCGGUCAAGAGUUAAGUAAGCUUAAGCACCAACUUCUAGCUGGUCAAAGAGGGAAGCAGACAAAAUUAGCAUCAACCAAAGCUAUGAGGUGUUGAAAAGUGUUUUGUGUUAAGAUUUUUUAAAUGUCAGUUCUUACAGGAAAAAGUACACGAUGAAUGAAAUGUCUGAAUAAGACCAUGCUUUAUAUUAUCCUGAAACCUAGAUUAGUUGAUCCUACAGUUUUAACUCCUUCCAAACCCAUGCUGGGUUUAGAGGGAGUUUUUCACUGGUAACAGCUGGGUUUGGUAAUUCUAGUUGCAAACCCAACAGCCAAACAAAUGGUUGUAUGAGCAUGCGUACCUUCUUGAAUUCAGUGGGACUUCUCCUAUAUACAGUUAUUCUCAUGUGCUUAUGUUUGGAAAAUUAAAAUACAAGAACUACAUCCAUGGGUAGACAAGUAUCAAUGUCCAAUGAAAGCCAACAUGGAGGUAUUAGGCUGAUCCUCAGUAUCACCGUUCAACUACCCACUUACCAUGCAGGCACAUGAAAUAAUUAGAGACUAGAUUUCCCCGGAAGGAUUAUUUCCUUUGGGUUGGCUGCUCAAUUAAAUCCUCUGUAUGCUCCAAGGGGUUUUGUGCAACACACAGAAUGGGAGAUGCAAGCGGUUCCAGACAGUGGAAAGGGGAAGAUGGAGCCCCUUAGCACAGUCAGUAGACUAAGAUUUUGUUCCCAUUUCUCAACGAUGUUUGAGAAAUACGUGCUGGAAGGAAGCACCUACUUCAACACACACAUUUCCAUAAGCAGCCUUUCUUUAUGUUACCUAACUGAGGUGGCCCAGCCUUUCUUAUGAAAAGCAAGACUCAAUUUUCAAUUGCCUGUAACUUGAAUUCUCAGUUGAAUUGAAUUUUCAAUCCAUUUUAACCCGGUUUACCCAAGCUGGGAGAUCUUUUUCAAAUUCUGAAUCUACCUGCUCAGAGAAGGCAGUUGAAGCCAAUAGUCCUACUCUAGUCUCCUGACCUUUUUGCAAUGAAUCUUCUCAUCCUUUUGUUAAAGACCUACUUUGUAUAAGUAAUGAAAAACAUUAUAAUGCACAGAUUUGUACUUUCACUCCUCCAUGCAAGAGGAGGAUCUCUUGUCUCUUUUAUCUUCUCUUUUCUUGUCUGUAACUGAAUGGCUCACGGGGCACCAAAGAAGAUGCACAGAUGCGAACAGUACAUAAAAGCUCAUCUGUGAAUCUAAUUCAAAAAAUCUCAUCACUGGUGGCCACAAUAAAGAAAAGGACACAUUCUGCAAUGCCUGUUGCAAAAAAAGGGGUGAAAAAGUAGUCACUGGUGCUCAUUUGCAAGUGUGGCACUGCUCAGAGCUCUGUUCCCAGAAGUUCCCUAAAGAAUAAAGGAAAAUACAUGCAAUUCUAUAUAGCUUGUGUGAGAGAUUCACUUAAUAUCAGGUGAGUUUUGCCAUGCAAAAGGCUAGUAUGAAUUCAUUGUUGUCUCAAUGAAAAUUAAAUUUUCAAUAAAAAUAUAGGCAAUUAGUAAACUUAUGAGGAAUACAUAGUCGAUUUCUGUUGGUAAGAAUGGGAACACACACAUUUAGAUACACUGGAUGUUACAUUAGUUGCUGCCUUGGCAGUUUUGUUGUCAACAAAAAAAAUUAAAAAUAUAACUUAUUUGUGUAAAGCAUUUCCCUGGCUUAUGUGUUAGACAUACUGCUUAUACAAAUAGGUUUUCUAAUUAUACACUUUAAGGAUGGACUGUGAUAACACAAGGGAACAUAUUUCAAUGGAAAAAAAUCUGUAAGUGUAAUGUGAGAAUGUUACUACUUAAAAAUUAAAAUUUGUAGUGCAGCAGUUGUCGCUAAGAGGAAUAACAGCAUGUCGGUAUUUUUCAUUGUAUGCUUUAAAUAAAACUGUCGACAC